AUGUACAUAUUCUUGCUGAACCUUUCACUCAUAGACAUUUCUUUUACGUCAACUGUUUUACCUAAUUUGCUACAUAUUCUUCUCACACAACAAAAUAACAUUUCAUUCUUGGGGUGUAUGACUCAAAUGUAUGUUUUUGCAUCUUUGGCGGGCAAUGAAUUAUUUCUCCUGACGGCCAUGGCAUAUGAUCGUUAUGUUGCCAUCUGUGAUUACAUAUUUAUCGUCUCUGCUAUCCUGAAAAUACAAUCCUCAGAGGGGAGACAAAAAGCCUUUUCUACCUGUGCUUCUCACCUGGCCUGUGUGAUAACCCUUUAUGGGACAGUUAUUUGCCUGUAUAUGAGACCCACCACAAGUUAUAACAUAAAAACUGAUAGAUUUUUUUCACUGCUGUACACCGUCCUGGGCCCUGUGCUAAAUCCUUUUAUUUACACACUGAAAAAUAGAGAAUUUCUAUGUUCCCUAAGUAAAGUAAUGCAAAGAUUUUGCCAGUUGAUGGCAGUCAAUAAAACGUCCUUCUAA